AUGUGUAGACAAGGGUCUCUUCUUGGUGACCAAACUCCCUUCUUUCUUCUCUUAUUUUCCUACCGUCUGCCUGGAUAUUACGCCUUUCUUUUACGGCUGCUGGAAGGUGAAAAUUUACUUAAACACGCGAUGAAACACUUUUUGAGAACACACGUGUUUCCUUCUUCUUCUCAAACAGCUUUAGCUCCAAACUUCACUUAUGGACUUCUUUUCAAACUUUCUUUUCUGGGGCUUCUUCGACAGAACUUCUCAAAACUUUCUCAGAAGGGGAAACUUGCUCUCAGUAACUUUGUUACCCAUGCAUCCUUACUUAUGGGCAAACGCUGCCUGCCUUUUCAGCAGGGAGAGAGAAAACUAACCUCUUCUUUCCAAGCUGUCUUGGUUCGAACUGCUGCUAUGGUUCAGUCACAGUUCUCCUUUCCCUUUCAAAGGGGGGGGGGGCGAUGCAACAAGAUACUGACACUGUGCAAGGUCGAUAUAAGGCAGAUGCAACAAGAUACUGACACCGUGCAAGUCCUAACACUUAUUUUUGUUCGUCUUAUCUUCUAUCUACAUAUACUUCCCCUUUCAGGAGCAAUGAAGUUAUUCUGGGGACUGUUAGUGCUGGGUUGCUUGCCCUUUGGAAUUGUUUUGGCUAAAACACUUUAUUCCUGCCCAAAAUGUAUCAUUUUCAGAGAAUAUAUAUUCCUGCCCAAAAUGUAUCAAAUGAUCAAGAAAUAA